ACAGUAUUUCCGGCCCAUUGUCUCACUGUCUCUUCAGCAGCAUCAGACACAGCUUUCUUGUUUACAAGUUAAAAUCAAAAUCUACUCUCAACUUUCUGGGAUUUGCUUGCUUACUGAGAAUAACGCCGGCAUUUUUCUAGAGUAAGAGAAACUAAAAGAGUAACCAGGUAUAGGGCCCCACAUUUCCUUGACGUUUCCUUUUUGUAUUUUCUCGAGAAAUUUCUCUCCCCUACUCUCCUUCUCUCUACACGCUCCUAUCUCUCUCUAUCUCUACCCGACUUUAAUUUGAAAUUCUACACCCUCUCUGUAUUUACGCGCAUUUCGUCUGUGACCUCAUUUAUUGCAUUAUCAUUUAAUAGACGAACACACUCCAGCCUAUAGGCUUUUGAAUCAAAACCUUAAGCCAAGUGCGUUAUUGCUUGCUAGUCAUAUUGGUAAUUAGGUGCCCCAGGAUUGCUGUGAAGCAGCUCGUGAGGCUUUGUAUUAUUCAGUUGUUUCAGUAGAUUUCCUGCAGGAACAGAAGUCUGUUAAUUUUCUAUUUGUUUCUGUGUUUUGAAGUUGGAGUCAAAUUAUGAAGUUUUAUGUGAUUUUAUUAUGAAUAUUGUUGCUAGGUUGAGGAACUGCAACUUGUACGCCUUAACAAAUCAUGCUAGAAGAUUGACGGGAACAAAAUUUGGUGCUAAGUUUCUCGCUGAUGAAAGUAUUGGCCACACAAUCAUGGCAUCUGGCAAUCCUUUUUUGGAUGACGUGAGAAGUAAACCGGAGGUUAUUGAUCCUCCUCAAAAUGAAGACAUGAUGGAUGUUGGUGAAAGUGUGAAUGAUUCUGCUCAGACGGCUUUGAAACCUAAUGUGACUGUGUCCAGCAGUGUACGUGAGCUAUUAGAGUGCCCUGUGUGCUUAAAUGCUAUGUAUCCUCCUAUUCAUCAGUGUUCAAACGGCCAUACAUUAUGUUCCGGCUGCAAACCCAGGGUUCAUAAUAGGUGCCCCACCUGCAGGCAUGAACUUGGUAACAUCAGAUGUCUUGCAUUAGAGAAGGUUGCUGCAUCCCUUGAACUUCCAUGUAAAUAUCAGAGUUUUGGGUGCGUGGGCAUAUAUCCAUACUACAGCAAGCUAAAACAUGAAUCUCAAUGUGUUUAUAGACCAUAUAACUGUCCCUAUGCUGGAUCAGAAUGCACAGUGAUUGGUGAUAUUCCUUUUCUGGUGGCCCAUUUAAAGGAUGAUCACAAAGUUGACAUGCAUAAUGGUAGCACUUUCAAUCAUCGAUAUGUCAAAUCAAAUCCACAUGAAGUUGAGAAUGCAACAUGGAUGCUAACGGUUUUUAGUUGCUUUGGUCAGUACUUUUGUCUACAUUUCGAAGCUUUCCAGCUUGGGAUGGCCCCUGUCUACAUAGCAUUCUUGCGGUUUAUGGGUGAUGACAAUGAGGCAAAGAACUACAGCUACAGCCUUGAGGUGGGCGGGAAUGGAAGGAAGAUGAUAUGGCAAGGAGUGCCUAGGAGCAUAAGGGACAGCCAUCGGAAGGUUCGUGACAGUUUUGAUGGUCUCAUCAUUCAGCGCAAUAUGGCUCUUUUCUUCUCUGGUGGAGACCGGAAGGAAUUGAAACUUAGGGUGACUGGUAGGAUUUGGAAAGAGCAGUGAGGAGAUAUUUUUACGUUCUAUUCGAUAACCAGAGCAAGUAGAUUAGUUGUGUAGCAUCUCAAGUCUUCUCUGAUCAUGUAUUUUUUGAGCUGUAAGGAGGCAAACUCUUUUUGCUUCUCCAUGCAUCAAAUACAUGAGUGGGAGACGUAACUCUUAUGCCUGCAACUAUAGUAUUUAUCUUAAUAGAUUUAGAUAUGCUAUUCUCCGCUAA